AUGUGGACUCGACCCAAUCGGGAAACCAACUCCCCUCCCACUGAGCCACCAAAUACCAGUUACAACACACACCACGUAUGCCCUGUUUUUCUAGGCGCAUCCAUAUCCUACGAGGUUCGAGGUGGUUGCAUGAUGCCGGAAAGUAUGGGGUGAGUUCUACACUGCUCGCCAAAAAUAGGCUGCCUGCUAAUAAUCGCGUAGUCCGAUAGCCUCAGCCGUUGUGCUUCCUGAUCUGGAGCCGCAGUCAGUGCCAGAGCCAGAUCAAGCAGCUUCCCAGUCGCCAAGCAUAAAGCGACGACAGUCAACAGACGACGGGCAACCUUCCAAACGUCCUCGAAUAUCUCAAGAGCUUAAUGCUACAUCUCCUACGCAAAUAUCACCGAAACCGAAAUUGGAGGAGCCCGUAGAGAAAAAGCUAUCCGAUCCAGCGCAAGACCGACGAAAGAGCAGAGUCCAAGAAGAAAAGAAACGAGGACAGAGAUUAUUUGGCGGCUUGUUAAGUACAUUGAGCCAGAGCACUUCAAAUGGCCAGCAGAAACGACGACAGGAGAUUGAGAAGAGACAGCAGGAAAGGGCUAAACAACAGAAGGCCGAGGACGAAACACGAAGGGCUCGCAAGCGUGAGAGUAUAUUGGCCACGCGAAAGGUCGAGCAAAUCAAAUACGACGAAGCAUCGGUAGGUUAAAUCCAUUCUAAUAAAUUUGGUUUGUGUUAAUUAUUUAAUAGAUGAAGACGCGGCACUCCAAUAUGUUGGCAAUGGCACACUCCCUAUGUACUACUACCGAACCAAAGUUGGUAAGUCCUCAAAUCCCAGGCGCCUGAUUAUCCAGUAUUAACACCAUACAGUAUUACAAGCCAUGGGAGUUGUUACCACAAGAAGAAGAACGAAUCAAAGCCCAGGUUGCCGAAGCAGAAAAUAAUAUCAGGCGAGAAGAAGAAGAUUUUUACGCUCGACAUCCAGAACUGUCAAGGAGAAGGUCUUCGAUAAUAGACAAAGCUAACAUCACGUCUACAGAGACGGUGGGUGAGCCUCAACAUGAGCCUCCAUCCGUUUCUAAAGCUAUUGAUACUACUAAUGAUAACCCCGCAAAAAACACUGAAGCACAGGUCAUUUCCCAGAAGCAAUCUUCAGAUGAUCACAAUAGUGAAGUAGUUGUGGAGAAUGAGGAGGAUACAGUUAUUUACUGAUUUGAUGACCUCAAGCUUUGUUGUAGAGGGUUCUUAUAUGGCGUACAGGCCUUUUCAGCGAAAUUCACAGGGGCUCAAUCGGAUUUGAGCAAUUGAUAUCCUUAUUCUUUUGUACUCAAGGCAAACCGGAGAUGUUUUUACAGAUAUGGCUCUGGUUCAUAGCGGGUUGACUGAUCCUUAGUUGGACGAUCGUGGGUUGAUCUGAAUUGUAGUGCAUUUUCAUCAAGUAUUCCAAAUUAGCUGCCAAGGAAUCGUUCUCGUCUGUUCAA